AUGAGUAAACCAAAGUCGGCUAUUUCAAGUCUCUCUCCAAGUAAGGAGAUGAUGGACUUAAAGUCUUUAAAGCGCCAGAGAACUGUUGCAAAAACCAGCAUAGUGCGCAUAAAAACUGGCCUCCUUGAAAAGACCAUGUCGCUAGAUCCAAUCGAAUUGGAGUGCCGACUCGACAUAUUGAACUCCCACAGCGAAAAACUCAUGAAAUGUCAGUCGAAAAUUGAGGAAAUCGACGAAGAAGACAUUGCCCGUGGAGAGUUAGAGGACUUAAUUGUAGAAACAAAGUCCAUUAUAAAGUCCAUUCUGGCGAGAAAUAAAUCGUCAAUUGCCGAAACAUCUUUUACUGCACCUCACAGCUCGCGACUACCAAAAAUGUCGUUACCUACAUUCAAAGGAGAAUAUUCCGAGUUUAAAAACUUUAUGAGUCUGUUUGAGAGUUUCGUGCAUAAUGAUCCCACAAUCCCGGAUAUUGAAAAAUUUAAUCAUUUAGUAUCAUGUCUAUCCGGUGAAGCCUUAGGCACAGUGAAGUCCUUCCAAAUGUCUGAAGAAAAUUAUCCAAAGGCGCCUUCUGCGUCGUCUUUGCGAUCAAUGAUUGAUACAGUGUCUGCAGUAUAUGACUCGCUUUUAUCGCUGGGUGACGAUAAGCUUAUUUCAAAUGCGAUGUUGAUUCACAUAGUCAUGUCGAAGGUUGAUCCCACUACUCGGUCAAAGUGGGAGGAGCAACUUGACUAUGAUAAGCUGCCGCUUUGGGCUGAGUGUGAAGCUAUGCUAAACAAGAGAUACCAGCAUUUAUCAGCUGAAGAAGCUUCCUCAUCCCAACAAAGGCCAAAUAAUGAAGAUACGCGGCAGAAAACAAAAAAUCAACAACUGCGACCCUCAAAGACAACAUUUAUCGCGACGAAUUCCAAACUGCCAACUUGCCUUCACUGUGGUUCCAAGGACCAUUAUUUGACAGCUUGUCCAAAAUUCCAAGCGCUUACCGCACUUAAAAGAUUUGAAUUAGCAAAAUCGAUUUCCCUGUGCAUAAAUUGCUUGCGCAAGGGACAUACGGUCUCAAAGUGCAAAGCAAAUCGCUGUGGUGUAUGCAACCGUUCGCAUCACACCAUGUUGCAUCAAUAUCCGAUCUCCUUUGAGACCGAGCCGCAACCUUCGACGUCACAGGCCAUGCAUAUUAGCAGCCUGCCUGACCGAGUCAUGUUAGCUACAGCCGUAGUUAAUGUAAAGGCCAGCUCCGGUGUUUACGUGCAAGCGCGAGCUCUACUUGACUCCGGUUCUCAAGUAAACUUUAUGACCGAAGAGCUUAUGCAGAAAUUGCGAAUCCGUAAGGAAAAAUUCGCUCUAAAUAUAGUUGGAAUUGGCAAUUCAAAUAAAAAGGUCCAAGGCAAGCUUAAAACUUAUAUAAAAUCGAGGAUCAACAAUUUUGAAUUUUCGGCGGACUUUUGGGUAAUGCGUUCGAUAUCAGUCAAUCAUCCAGAUCGGACUGUAAACACAAAUGGCUGGAAAAUCCCACAAAAUAUUGAACUAGCUGACCCAAGUUUCUACAAGUGUCAGAAAAUAGACAUACUUUUAGGAGCUGAAAUAUUCUUUGAUCUGUUAUCGGUGGGUCAGAUCAGAACCAGCCCAAGGCUGCCAACGCUGCAAAAAACUGUGUUAGGCUGGAUAAUUUCAGGCAAGUAUGCCACAAAUAAUAGCUCCAGUGCCCAAGUAAGUAGCACAUUAUGUCAAUUUGAAGAAAGCGUUGCUAGUAUUGAUACCACAAUCCGAAAAUUCUGGGAAUUGGAAGAAAUACCUGCACAAAUAAAUUCCACACGACUGACUCCAGAGCAGGCAAAAUGUGAGGAAUUUUUUUCGAAAACCACACAGGUUUUACCAUGUGGAAGGCUUCAAGUCAGACUGCCUUUCAAAACCGACCGUAAAUUACUCGGUCAUUCGUAUGAAACCGCAGCUCGGCGGUUUCAGGCGCUGGAGAGAAGGACGCUGAAAGAUCCAGUACUUCGUAAAAUGUACCUGGACUUCAUGCAAGAGUAUCUCGAAUUGGGGCAUAUGAGUCCAACAAAUAAUCGACUCCCGAGUGAGCCGCACUAUUUCAUUCCGCACCAGUGUGUGUUAAGACCGCAGAGCACAACUACCAAGUUGCGCGUAGUUUUUGAUGCUUCGAGUCGCACAUCAACACAAGUUGCGUUGAAUGAAACCUUGAUGGUCGGACCGAUCGUUCAAGAGGAGCUUUUUUCGACCCUCCUUCGCUUCCGAUUGCACAAAUAUGCCAUGACUGCUGACAUCACGAAGAUGUAUCGUCAAAUAUUGGUGCACGAAGACGACAGGAACUUCCAGCUCAUAGUGUGGAGACAGGAUCCAUCGGAGCAUUUGCAAAUUUUUCGAUUAAACACCGUAACAUACGGCACAGCGCCUGCACCAUUUCUCGCCACACGGUGUCUGCAAAUGCUAAGCGACAAAAAUAAAGCCAAAUAUCCACUCGGUUCCAAAGUCAUUCGGAAUGACUUUUACGUCGACGACCUAUUAACAGGAUCCGACAGUAUAGAAAGCCUCACCCAGAUACAACAGGAAGUAAAUAUAAUUUUAGAAUCGGCAGGCCUGAAAUUAGCAAAGUGGUUUUCCAAUCAUACAAGCUCAUCGAAUAGUGAGAGUCUCCAAAAAUUAUUGCAGCUCAGCGAUACCGACUCCACCAAAACGCUGGGAAUCCACUGGCAGCCGAAAGAUGACAUUUUUCGCUUCAUUCUGGAAGAUAAUUUUAGCGAGCUGCGAGCAACUAAACGUAAUAUUUUAUCCGUUUCCGCUCGCCUCUUUGACCCUCUUGGUUUAUUAGCCCCGCUAGUUACCAAAGCUAAAAUCUUAUUACAAGAGCUUUGGAUUCAAAAGCUAGACUGGGAUGAGUCGAUUCCAUUGCGGCUUGACACUAGCUGGCAAAACUUUAAAGCCAAUUUGUUGCAGCUUCCAUCAAUUAGCAUUCCUCGGUUCAUUGGGCGCCGAGGGAUGCCAGCCAAAAUAUACUGCGACAACGCGACGAACUUCGUGGGAGCAGAGAGGAAGCUGAGGGAGCUCCGGGAAGCCUUUCUGGCACAGAAAGAGGAGAUUCUCCAAUACGCCGCCGACGAAGGAUUCAUCUUCGCCUUCAUACCUCCGAGGGCACCCCACUUCGGCGGCCUGUGGGAAGCAGCAGUGAAGUCGGCCAAACAUCUGCUGGUGCGCGCCGUAGGCAACGCGCUGUUAACCGCCGAAGAAAGCGCAACGCUUCUCGUCGAAGUAGAAGCGGUCCUGAAUUCCCGACCGCUCGCACCACUCAGCAACGACCCCAACGACGGCGAGGCGCUAACGCCGGCGCAUCUACUAAUCGGUUGCCCCUUGCGAGCUUUGCCACCGGAGAAGGUACCCGUCAACCUCAGCCGCUGCUUAGAGAGAUGGCAGCUUGUUUGCUCUCUCAAGCAACAAUUUUGGCGCGCGUGGUCGAAGAGCUACCUUCUGGAGCUUCAGCAGCGCAACAAAUGGGUGCACCCGCAGCCCAACGUCCAACCAGGCCAACUCGUCGUCGUCCACGAAGACAACGUACCACCGCAGCAUUGGGUGCUCGGUCGAGUAACCGCAACCAUUCCCGGAGCGGACGGCAAAAUUCGAGUCGCAGACAUCACCACUAGGUCGGGUGAAGUACGACGCCCUAUUCACAAACUCGCCGUGCUGCCGGUGGAAAACAAGAAUUGA